UCCUAGAUUCUACCACUCCAUCUUCAGUUUUUUUUCCUCCUCUGCUCGGCUCCCCUAUAAAUGGAGCUCACCUUCCACGACCUCCCUCCGUUCCCAUCCGCCGCCCGCGCACUUCUCCCUUCCGGCACACAGGACACCACCGUAGACAGAUUCAUCGCGACGAUGGGGCUCGACGUCGUGGAGAUCGGGAUGGGCGCCGAUUUGAGCCUGGAUCUGAGGCACUUCGCCACCAAGGCCGUGAGGCAGAGCAAGGACGACGCGCCUGCGCCGGACAUGGACGCCUGCAUCCGCCGCCUCGAGGAGGAGCGGGGCAAGAUCGAGAUGUUCAAGCGGGAGCUCCCCCUCUGCGCGCGGCUCCUCGCCGACGUGAUUGAUGUCAUGAAGGAGGAGGCCGGUAAGAAGACGACGAAGAGAAGUGAUCGCAGCCUGCCGGCGGCGGAGGAGGACGAGGACGGCGCCGCUGGGGACAAGAGCAAGUGGAUGAGCACGGCGCAGCUCUGGACGGGCGAUUCCGGCCGGGAGGACGCGGAAUCAGAGAAGCAAGACAAGGGGAGGAGUUUGCCGGAGGCCAAGUCCCGCGGCGGCGCUCUCUUGCCGUUCAAGGCUGCUGUGGGCUCCGGCGCGCCGGCGUUCGCGUCGCUCUGCUUGAGAACGGACGACAAGGCUGCGCGCGUCGGGAUGCCGGAUCUGUCCUUGCUGUCGCCGCCGGCGACCAAGAGCGCCGCCGAGGAGAGCCGGCGCCAGGUGGUGGGGCUUGCGCAGGCAGCAGCGAGGGCGGCCGCCAUGGCGCCAGCUGCCCCUGCGCUUGGCCUCCAGUCCCAAUCGCAGCAGCAGACAGCUCAGCAGCAGCAGCAGCAGGCAAGGAAGGUUCGGCGUUGCUGGUCGACGGAGCUGCAUCGCCAGUUCGUCGCCGCCUUGAAUCAACUCGGUGGCCCCCAAGUUGCCACCCCGAAGCAAAUCAGGGAGCUGAUGAAGGUGGAUGGCCUAACAAACGACGAAGUCAAGAGCCAUCUUCAGAAAUACCGGCUGCACAACCGAAGGGCGCCUGGAUCAGGCGUGGUGAGCCAGCCGAUUAUGCUCGUGGGAGGGCUCUGGAUUCCCCAGGAGCAAAGCAGCUCUCAGUCUGGGUCUCCCCAUGGGCCCCUCCACUUCUCCACCGCCUCAGGCAUCGCCGUCUCGUCGGCGGCCACCGUCAGCUGCGAGGAGGAAGAUGGCCGGUCAGAAAGCUAUGGCUGGAAAUGAUGAAGAGGCUGCUGCUGGUGCAUCAUCCGUGUCUGUUCAGAGAGGGGAGGGUUUUGGCAUGGUGGAUCGCCAUGACCGAGGCCACCAAUUGCAGCUUCAGGAAUCAGGAGGGGACUUGGGAGUAGUGUAGCUAUCUGUACACAUACAUAGUUACAUACAGGGAGAUGAGAUGAGAUCGGGCCUUGAGCGCUCGAGAUCAAACUGAUGGUGCGUCGUUGUCGGGUUUGUACAUCCCAAAGAGAUGAUACUAGUUACAGUUUUGAGGCUUGCUAAUCCAUGUUUCGGGCAGAGCUACAAUUUUCGCCCCGAGAGAGUUUACCCAUAUCCGUCGUUGUCAAUUAUCAUCAUCUUUGAUUCUUCUUUUCGUUGAAUAAAAUGUUUCUGCUGUUCAUCAUGGAUUGAACAGUUAAGCUUAAUGGCUACAGUCAA